CCACGCCACCUUCUUUUUCUUUCUUUCUUUGGCCGGUCUCCUUCAUCUUCCAUCCCAUUCCCACAGGAUUCCCGCAGCGAAGCCGACCUCCUCCCUCCCUUCCUUGCUUGCUAUAUAUCCUAGGGAAACCCAAAUCUCCCCAUAAACACCCUCCAUUCCGUUCAUCAUCUCCUUCCUGAGCUGCGCCCGCGCCCGCGCCUCGUCGGAAAACUAAAUCUGAACGCAAUGGACUACGACGGCAGGUACAACAAGGAUCAGAGCCUCAAGUGUGACUGCCUCCUCUUCGACCUCGAUGAUACGCUGUACCCGUUCGCCUCCGGCAUUGCUGCCGACAUCGCCAAGAACAUCAAAGAUUACAUGGUGCACAAACUCGGUGUUGAUGAGAGCGUUAGCUUGGAACUAUGCAUCCUCCUCUACAAGCAGUAUGGAACCACCAUGGCUGGUUUGAGGGCUGUUGGCUACCAGUUUGAUUACGAUGAUUUCCACAGCUUUGUUCAUGGAAGACUGGCCUACGACAAGAUCAAGCCUGAUCCAGUGCUUAGGAACAUUCUGCUCAGCUUACCCCUACGCAAAAUUGUGUUUACAAAUGGUGAUAGAAUCCAUGCUUCAAGGGCCCUAAAGAGGCUUGGAAUUGAGGACUGUUUCGAAAGAGUUGUGUGUUUUGAAACACUGAACCCAACAUCUCCUGCGCUGUCUGACAAGCUUGAAAUCUUUGACAUUAUGAAGCAUCUGGCUCAUCCACAACCCGGGGUGGAGCUACCAAAAUCACCAAUCCUGUGCAAGCCAUCAAGAGAGGCAAUGCUGCAGGCCCUCGAGGUCGCCUCCAUUAAUCCACACACAACUAUAUUGUUUGAUGACAGCUUCAGGAACAUCGAAGCUGCAAAGCAGAUCGGAAUGCGAACCGUCCUGGUUGGAACGUCUGAGAGAAAGAAAGGUGCUGACUAUGCCUUGGCAAGCCUCCACAACAUGAAGGAAGCGCUGCCUGAGCUGUGGGAGGAAGCUGAGAAGGAUGAAGAUGUGAGGAAUUCGAGCAAAGUCGGAAUAGAGACAUCUGUGAUUGCAUAAUAUCUUCUUGCGCAGCCCUUUUGUUUGCCGUGGAGUUGAGCACCUUUUUUUGGGGUAGCCCACCUCUGCACAAUCUUUUGUCUGAAAAAGAGCUACCGAUGAGAGGACAAGAAAACCAUCUCCUCAAGGGUUGGGGACUGACUGAUACUAUAACUGAUGUUACGUCCCACGUCCCAUAUACCAUCCAGUAAGGAAUAAAAUGUUUCCUUGAGGUACUGCAAUAGCAAUACUACUACUUGUCUAUCAAUGAAAUACCGCAGAAAUACUUUGUCGUGAUGGGUUGGGGACACCUGAUUGUUGUACUCGUGAUGGAUAGUUGAAGCACCUUGAUGUUUGGAUCCAAAUGCCCAGCACUUUGGUACUUGGUUCCUCAUGCUUAUGAUAGUGAUUCA